AUGGGCCUCUCCUGGACCGACACUCGUGGCGAUCGUGUGUAUCCAGUUCGCGUUGGUCGCGGCAGCCCGCCCCCGAUUCGACAGAAGAGCUAUGUCCGCGGUAUUGCCCACGGUUUGGUGAAGAACGACAUCGGGUCUAAGGGUGCCCAGAGGGGCUCGAUGAAAUUGGGCAGCAAACAUUUUCAAGGGCAGCUCUACCUCACCGAGAACGACGAGCCCUGGGAGCUGGUAUCCGUCAAGGAAGCAGGCGACGGUAAGAGUCUAGACAUCAUGUCCAAUGUUGCCCACCUGAUACACUUCGGCGUCGGGAAGAGCCGCGUCGAGUCCAUCGGCGAGCGUGCGCAGUUGAAGCUCGAGUGCUCAGAGUAG